AUGAAUUCCGUCGAUGCAUCCGAGCACCACGAGCAAGCUGCCACUGACCUCGCCCCGGCCCUGCUGACCGUCAUCAUCGACACGAAUCCCCACGCCUGGGCCCAGCUAGAAGACUCCCUCCCCCUCUCCAAGGCCAUUGCCAACAUCCUCGUCUUCAUCAACGCCCAUCUCGCGUGCAACUAUGCCAACGAAGUCGCCGUCGUAGCAUCACACAGCCAAAAAGCCGCAUGGCUGUACCCUGUCCACCAGGACAAGGGCGCAACCAUCUCCCCCGAUCCAGAUGGAGACAUCAGCAUGAACGGCGACAGCACCGCCGCCGCCGCACAACAAACCAACAAAUACCGCCCUUUCCGCAUGGUCGAGGAGCAGGUGAAUCGCAACCUGCGGGAGCUGAUGAACUCCACGACGGGCGAUGACCUCCGCGUCACAACAUCCACGAUGCUCGCCGGAGCACUGACGCUCGCCCUGAGCCACAUCAACCGGCGCACGAUCGCCUGGGCCGAAGCGCACGGCGGUGCCGAUCUCGAGGACACGGCAGCGGACGGUGCGGGCGGCAGCAGCGGAGCACCAGGAACAGCGCGAUACUCGGCCGAAGACGACGAGCGACUGCAAAGCCGCAUCCUGAUCGUCAGCGUCAGCGGUUCCAGCGACUCCGCGCACCAGUACAUCCCAAUGAUGAACAGCAUCUUCGCAUGCCAACGCCUGCAUAUCCCCAUCGACGUGUGCAAGCUCAGCGGCGAUGCCGUCUUCCUGCAGCAGGCCUGCGACGCGACCAAGGGGAUCUACAUGUGUCUCGAUCAUCCCGGCGGUCUGCUCCAAUACCUGAUGAUGGCCUUCCUGCCGGACCAGCGCUCGCGCCGCCACUUGGUGCUCCCGACCAAUGUGAAUGUGGAUUUCCGCGCCGCCUGCUUCUGUCACCGCAAGGUCGUCCGCACCGGGUACGUCUGUUCGAUCUGUCUGAGUAUCUUCUGUGAACCGCCGCCGGGCAUCGUGUGUCUGACCUGCGGGACGCAAUUGGAGCUGGGCGAUUAUGGUGCCAAGCCUGCGCUGCUGCCGCGGAAGAAGAAGAAAAAGAAGCGCGUGAAUGGUGUUUCGGCUGCGGGCACGCCGAUGUCUACGCCUACACCUGGUCCCUGA